AACAUAUUCAAAGAUGGCGUCGCUCAUUGACAACUACGAACAACAAUACGCUGUUUUGACAGCUGACAUUACUGCAAAAAUUGGUAGAAUAAGAAUUCAAAGUGGUAGUGAGAAAAGAGCACUUAUUCAAGAUGUUGAUCGAGAAAUCGAAGAGGCUCAAGAAUUGCUUGAGCAAAUGGAAUUGGAAGUUCGUGGGAUGAGUGGAAAUGCUCGUGACCGUUUACGUGGUCGCGUGGAAAGUCAUAGAGCAGAAUUAAAACGAUUAACGCAAGAAUUUCAUUCAGCGAAAAGACCAAAAGAAGAUAGCAUUGAUAUAGCUGUGGAAGAUUCAUGGGAGAACAAUGUUACAGAAGAUCAAAAGAAAAGAUUAUUAGAUGCUUCCGAUAGAAUAGAUAGAACUGGAAGAACAUUGCAAAAUGGUUAUCGCAUGGUAUUAGAAACUGAGGAAAUUGGAUCACAAGUUUUAAAAGAAUUACAUGAUCAAAGAGAAACAAUUCAGAGAGGUAGAGGACGGUUACGAGACACGGAUGCAGAACUAGGACGUGGAUCUCGUUUGUUAUCAGGGAUGAUUAUUCGAAGUCUUCAACAAAGAUUAAUUUUAAUAGUAAUAGCCUUAGCACUAAUAAUAGCUACUUGUUUUGUUGUGUAUUAUAGUUUUAAAUCUAAAAGUUAAGAAUAAGAAAAAGAAAAUAAUGAGAAAGAAAAGAAAUGCAAACAUAGAGCUUUGUGUUCAACCAGAUCGAUUAUAAGCCAUAUUUAUAAUUAGUCAAUUUUUGCAAUAUUAUUUUUACCAAAUGCGCAAACACACACAUACACACAAUUGUUAAAUAAUUAAUUAAUUAUAAAUUAUAUACAAGUGCGCGGGAAUGUCGUCUCAUCAGUAAUUUUCAAUUUUAUCGAUUGCUUAUAACAAUUUUACGCGCGUCAUUGUGAUUUGAUAUUGUAUCAAUAGUAAAUUAUACAUAUAUAUAUAUAUUUAUUUCAGAAUUUCUUAUAUAUAUUAUAAAUGUAUACAAUAACAAAAAAAAGUAUUAACAAUAUCUUCAAAUUAAACAUUUCAAAAGUUUUAAACAAGUUCGAGAUAGGCACUUCAGGCACGUUAUCGUGAAACAUAAUUGAGAAAAAAAAAAAGCUUUUCUUAUUUAUGAUUAAUAUUAUUAUAUAAUUAUUGCAACGUGAUUGCCAGCUAGUUUAAUUACUUGAAAUUUUUGAUAACACUAUGGACGUUGUGAUUGCUAUUAAAUUAAUUAAUUACUCCGCACUUUUUCGUUACUUUAUUGCCUAUUUUAGAAAUCGUUCAACGCGUUACUCGUAUCAUAUCCAAUUAGCUAAUUAAAAUUAUAACUAAUUUUUUAUUUUCUUCCUAUAA